AGAAAGUCUUACUUAAGCACAUACCUAACACAUAACAUUUAGGCACAUCCAAUAGAAUUUUGACAGCACUGAAAUAAUUGUUACUUUUUUAAAAAUAAAAUAAAAAGUGUUUUCUUCUCUCUUCACUCUCCCGUCUUUUUUCUCUGCAAAAUCCAUAGAUCUCCCUUCAAUCAACCAAAGCUAAAGCUAUCUCCAAUCUAAGUUUGAAUAGCAACAACACAAAUAAAUGGAAAUGGUUUGAAAAAAUCAAGAUCCAGUGAAUGAUAAUGGGUCAACUGCCACUAUCUCUUCCCAUCCAACACCAACAUAAAUCAUCACCUCAAACAACCGAAUCUCGCCGAUGAUCUACCUCCUUCAGUAAUCGACUCACUUCCUCUGUUCACUUAUUCUUCCAAUUACCGCCGCUCCUUCGCUGUCACCGCCGCUGAUUGCGUUGAUUGGCCAAUUAGUUUUUGUUUGUUAGAAUUAGAAAAAAGGGGUUGCCCGCUAGGUUUUGAUAUUUCGAUGAUGAUGUCAUCGUCUCACCAUCAUCGAUCGAUUCCAACUGAAGAUAGGGUUAGCAAUCUUCCAGACUCAAUACUUUCUCACAUUCUCUCUUUUCUUCCAACCAAAUCCUCGGCUGCCACAAGUGUCCUCUCAAAAAGAUGGGAGACAUUAUGGCUCUCACUUUUCGAUCUCGACGACUUGGAUGGGCGGCAAAGCUUCAAAGACUUCAUCAACUUUUUGCCACCUCAUGAGGCUACCGAUACGAUUAUUAUUCCGUGUAUCAACGAAAUUAUUAUCGAUGCAGCAUUCCAACGCGGUGGAACUCAGACCCUAGACCUUCACAAGGUGUAUAGGCCCAAAGAUCAACUUAAACUAACUCGUAGAAUUUUCACUUGCAGGACACUCACUUUUCUCAAAUUGAAGAACCUAUGUGUGAACGACCUUCCUUUUUUACCAAAUAUUCCUCUGCUCAAAACUCUCCAUUUAGAGAAUGUGUAUUUCACAACUCAAACGCAUAUUUUCAAGCUUCUCUUAGCUUGUCCCAAUCUAGAGGAAUUGCAAAUAAUUCAUGUAAUUGUACUUCCUCCUAAGAACAAAGCAGCGUUCGAUGAGCACUUGCCCAGAUUGGCGAGACUCGUGAGAGCAACUGUGUCUGAUGAUAAUCUACCUAUUCCUUUCUCCUUGCUGUCUGGAGUGCAGAUUCUGAAUGUGAAAUCGAUAUGGCACAUCUAUAUCCAACUCCCCACUUUUCAAAAUCUAACUCAAAUGGAGAUAUUCUUCGCCAACUUUAAGGGUAGAAGUUGGCGCGAUAAGUGGAAUUGGACGCUAGAAAUGCUUCAACACACUCCCAAGCUCCAAGAUCUUACCAUUCAUGAGGAUAUGAAAGAUGCAAUUUGUGAGGACAAUUGGCACGACCCACAAGUUGUUCCGGAAUGCCUUUCAUCUCAGCUUAGAACUCUCUUGUUUAGAGAUUGUAUAGGCAGACAGUGUGAGCUUCAAUUUCUAAAAUAUGUUAUGAGAAAUUCAAUGGUGUUACAUUCCGUAACAAUUCACAGUGCCAAUUCCAUAAAUUUUAAUGCAAAGUACCAGAUGUUACUAAAAUUAGUUACGUUCCGAAGGGGCUCCCGCGCCUGUAGACUUAAAUUUCAUCGAUAAAGGCCGGGACACAUAAUAUUUCCUACAUGUCUAGUUUGUUUUUAGUAUAUUCUUCAUGUAUUUAAGCCUAUAUUUAAUAUAGGAUUUGAUGGUGUUUGAAAGACAUUAACUCUUUCUUAUUUUGUUCUCAUGUCAUAGAUUUUUAAUUAUAUAUUGGCUUUCAUGAAA